AUGGCACUGCACCUCCAGGAAGUGGCAGCCUGCAGCACCCCCUGUAGCGUUGCAGCAUCCCCAGUGGCUGCGCCUCCUAAGCCUGCAGCAGUAUCCUCAGUAGUUCUGCAUCCCGAGUCUGCAGCAUCAUCCACAGUGGCUCCGUCUCCCAAGUCUGCAGCAUCAUCCACAGUGGCUCCGCCUCGCAAGCCUGCAGCAUCAUCCAUAGUGGCUCCGCCUCCAGAGUCUGCAGCAUUCCCAGUGGCGUCGCCUUCCAGGCCUGCAGCAUCCCCUGUGGCUUUGCCCCAAGAGUCUGCAGCAGUGUCCCCAGUGGCUUUGCCCCCUGAGGGCCCCAGCCUUCGCUGUCAGCCUCCUGAGGGCCUGUCGGCCUGCAGCCCGACCACCAGAGCAGCUUCUCACGUCUAGUUGCCCU